AUGGGCGGCAUUUGUUCUUCAUUUUCUGCAGCGAAUAGCGAUUGGUCAUCACCAACAACAGAAAUAUCAAGAAAAUCCGCAGGGUCUUCCAUGUCCAUCAGAACCAUCUUUUCAAAUUCCAAAGGGAGCGAUUCUAGUGUAAUCAUGGUAUCUCCCAGUAAAACCAUCUCCCAACCGUUCAAAGCAAAACACAAACAAGAGGAAGACAGAGAAACCCCACAUACUCUUCGGUUAUCCAAGGAAUCUAUAAUAAUUAAUCUGAAGAGGAGAGUUCGGAGAAGAAACCCCAAAAUCGCACAGUUGAAAAAACAAUUUGAAAAUAUUAUGAAGUUUUUCGAUUUAUCAGUUCAUGACAAUGUUUUUGAAAAUGUCAAUGCAAUCAUUAAUUAUUUUGAUCAAAAUAAGUCAAAAGAAGAAGUCUCUAUGAAACUGUCCAAGAUAGUUUUUGAUUCAUAUAACAGAGAUAAACGUGGAUGGUUAGAUGCGUCAGAUUUGAAAAAGUUUUGUAAAGAUUUACUGUAUAUGUGCGGUCAUACAAAUAUUACAGAUAAGGAUGUAAAUGAUAUUGUUGAAAGAUUACAAAAUUUAAUAAGAGCUCAGAAUUAUCAAAAGUUAAGCUUUGAGCUGUUUUGGAGUUCAAACAUUAUGAAAGGAGCAAUUCUAAACGCUGAGGGUCAGCUCGACGAGUCGAAUGUCGUGUUUAAUCCACAUUUGUCGACUGAACAACUAAUGUUUAUUGGAAACCUCAAGUCAAGAGAAUUGAAAAAGGAAUUUGAUUGGUUUUUUACCUUCUUUGACUUUAAACCCACAGGAAACCUGUUGCGAGACAUUAGUCUCUUUAUGACUGUGCUUACUAACAGCGACUAUGACUCUCCGUCUCCAUUUUUUGACACAAAAGAAAUAACGACCGUGCAGCGAAAGUUACAAUCAAGGUUAUUAAGAUAUAUCUUUGAAUAUUAUGACAAAGAUGGCUCAGGAGUGAUUGAAAGAAAUGAACUCGUUGACUUUAUUCAGGAUGUACAAGAAGCUCUAUACAAGAACAGUGACGUUCCAGAAGACGAAGACAAUAUUUCAGAACUUGUGGAUGAAAUGCUACAUGAUUGUGAUGUGGAUGGAGACGGCAAUAUUAGUUACCAUGAAAUCUUACCUCACCUGCCUAGUGUUUUUGUAAGAAUGCGAAGCCAAAUUUCGUAG